CUAUGAAUGGCUUUCGUGUCGAAGAUUUGCUAUCCGAACGGGAAAAAGACUCCAACUCGGAUGAAGCCACGCAUCAAAAGUCUCCAGCUGAUGGCGGGAAAUCGAGUCGGAAACUCAAAAUGCGGCGAGCCAGAACUGCAUUCACUUAUGAGCAAUUGGUUGCGCUGGAAAACAAAUUCAAGACUUCACGUUAUUUGAGCGUCGUAGAGCGUUUAAAUUUGGCAAUUCAACUUCAGCUUUCUGAAACUCAGGUAAAAAUCUGGUUCCAAAACCGGCGUACCAAGUGGAAGAAACACAAUCCGGGACAAGAUGCAAAUACGCCUCAAACCCCACCAUCUUCCGAUGAAACUCAGAUUCAACCAAUUCUACCGGCAAAUCCUAUAACUUCAUUUAGUUCAUUGCUUUUGCCGCCAAUAAUAUCUCCAGCAAACUCAGCAGUUCUACAAGGAACAUCCAUCCCAUUAACACUGUUCAACUUGAACCAAAUUCUAAUGCCUCAAAAUGUGGGCUUCAAUUAAAUGGAUAUUUUGUUUUUGUUUUUUUUUUCGGUGUUUUUUUUUCUCUUCUUACAAUUUGUACGGGUUCUGAGCUUAAACUCUGACCGUUUAAUCUAUUCCAUUUCUAUCACAUGAGCUUGAAACUUGGCUUAACUUAUAGCCCCCACACCUAGUUUUUAAAACAACCAUUUUAGUGUGUAGACUCCGGUUUCUAUAUCUUUGAAUCCACAUAUCUUUCUCAUUUCCUGCAAUCCCAUUUACCCAAUACUUCAAUUUCAUUCAAUCCGGUUUUAUUAUCGCUUGAUCGAUAUGAAAUGUCUUAAAUACAAUAAAAUUGGCCCAUGGA